AUCCUGAUUGGUGAUCAUCGUGUAGAGCGGUCUGACAAAGCUAGGAACAUAGGAAUUGUUUUUGAUGAGACCUUGUCACUGGAUAAGCAUGUGAGUUCCGUUUGUAAAUCUGCUUUAUUACAUCUUCGGAAUAUCGCUAAGAUUAGAAUGUAUCUGACUUUUGAGAGCACAAAGACCCUUGUCCAUGCUUACGUUACUUGUCGACUGGACAAUUGUAACUCGUUGCUCCUCGGGUCACCGGACUAUAUUAUUCAGAAGCUCCAGCGCGUUAAAAACUGCGCCGCACGCCUUGUAGCUGGGCAACCUAGGGCUGCGCACAUUCGCCCCGUCCUUAAGGAGCUACACUGGUUACCUGUGGAGCAGCGGAUUACCUUUAAAGUAUUACUGUUAACUUUUAAAGCUCUCAAUAAUCUGGCGCCUCCGUAUUUAAGUCAACUUAUAGUCCCAUAUAACCCUACAAGAAAUCUUAGGUCUGCUGGCAAACAUUUAUUAGAAGUACCGAAUGUGCGCCUGAAGAGCUAUGGGGACAGGGCCUUUUCGGUCGCUGCCCCAAAGCAAUGGAAUGAUAUUCACUUAGACAUUAAAUUAAGUGGAUCAGUUGAUGUUUUU